GUACACUUGACUUAAAGUAAAGUAUAAAAGCAGGGUUCUUUCUGGAACGUCACAAAAUCUUCCUCUAUGAUCCUGAAAGCAACAAUCUGAAAACCAAGUUUCAUCAUGGCAAUGCUGAGAAGUCUUCUGCUUCUUUUCAUUGUGUUCUCUGUUGGGAACGCAGAAGUUAAAAAAUGUACCCAUGGAUGGACAAAUUUUGGAGUCCAAUGCUACAAGUUCUUCUCUCAGGCAGUCAACUGGGUCACAGCAGAGAGGAAAUGCCAAAGUCUAGAUGCAAAUCUCGCAUCUGUACAUAGUAAAAUAGAACAGGAUUUUCUCCUGAGUCUGUUGCCUUCUUCUUCCACACACUGUUGGAUUGGUUUUCAUGAUGGUGAACAAGAAGGACAGUGGUUGUGGACUGAUGGUACUCCAUUUGACUUCACCUACUGGGCCCCUGGACAACCUGACAAUAAGAAUAGUGAGAACUGUGGGGAGCUCAGCUACAACUAUGGAACGUCCGAUAACCGUUGGAACGAUGCAAACUGUUUAACCGAACAUGGUUAUGUUUGUGCUAAAUACCUGUGAGAUCACAUACAGUCAUCCUGCUCCAUGGUUACUUUGAUUGUACUAAAUUUACAUGUUCUGAUCUUAUAUUUACAAGUGUUUUUCUGAAAUUAAACUUUUCUUAAUUUAUUUUUCUGAACGUUAAUCUCUUCUCAAUACUGAAACACUCCUCAAAUCAAU